UGUAGCACUGUCAAUUACUGAGAUGGAGAAUCCGGAAGAAAGAAAAUUCCAAGUAAAAUUCACCAAAAAGAGCAUCGUCAAAGCUAUCAAUCUCUUCCCAGAGCGGCAUCAUAAACUUACACUUUCAAACCUUGAUCUUCUUUCUGGCCGCUUUCCUGUGACAUACUUGUACUUGUAUCACAGACCUUUGAUCAACAAUUUCUCCUCCACAGUUGAGUCACUCAAGAUCUCCCUUGCGAAAACUUUAAGUUUCUACUACCCUUUUGCUGGUCGAAUAGUUGAAGACCCCGAUACAAAUGAGCCUCUAAUCAUAUGUGACAACACCGGUGCACUCCUAGUGGAAGCCCAGGCCAAUAUCCCUUUGAAGAAACUGGACUUUUACAAUUUCAACGAGUCCCUUAAUGGGAAACUAGUGUCCAUCAACUCCGACUUUCCUGUGCAAGUCCAAGUAACAAGUUACACUUGUGGAGGGGUGUCCAUUACUUUCACCUUUGACCAUGCACUAGGCGACGCCAGUGCUUUUGGCAUGUUUCUCUCCUCAUGGUCCCAAGUGGCUCAAAACAUGCCAAUCUCUUGCAUACCAGAUCUCGGCAGAAACCUUCGACCUCGCCUCCCUCCUACAUAUCACCCUUGUCUGGAUGAAACCUUUGUCAAGUGCACACUUGAAGAGAUCAGAAACAUACCUAAAACCAACAUCUUGCUUAAGCGCCUUUACUAUGUUGAGGCCUCAAGCAUCAAUAAGCUGCAAAGUCUUGCAUCUGCCUAUGGUAACAAAAGAACAAAGAUUGAGGCUUUCUCUGCCUACAUAUGGAAGACCAUGGCAACUACCAUUGAUAAAAGCCACGCCAAGUGCAAGAUGGGUUGGUUAGUUGAUGGACGUGGUAGACUCAACGGGGACCAUGGAUCCAUGUCAAAUUACAUCGGUAAUGUCUUGUCUGUGGCUAUUGAAGAGGCAAGCAUUGUAGAAAUUAAGCAGGGCUCUAUAUCGGACGUUGCCAACAAUGUUCACGAGGCCAUAUCAAAGGUAACUAAUCAGGCUUAUUUCUUGGAUUUGAUUGAUUGGAUAGAGUGUCACAAGCCUGGGUUGAUGCUCCCGAAAGUUGUUCUAGGUCGGGAAGGGCCUGCCCUUGUUCUCUCAUCAGGACGCAGAUUUCCAGUGGCCGAAUUGGACUUUGGCUUUGGUAGUCCUGUGCUAGGGACAGUCUCCUCCAUCAUUGAAAAGAGCGGAGUUGGUUACAUGAACCAGAGGCCAAGUGCUAAGGGUGAUGGCUCAUGGGUCAUUUCUGCUAUCCUAUGGCCAGAACUGGCAGCAGCAUUGGAGUCAGAUACAGUUUUCGAGCCCCUGUGUGCGUCUCAUCUACAAAUUUGAGGAUAAACAACUUAAAAGAUUAAUUUUAUGUCCAAACAAAUUAAAGGAGUAAUAUGGGGGGAUCCUCUACUCUACUUAAAUGAAUAUUAGGGGCAUUAGCAUAUGUAAGCCAAAGCCAGUUAUAAAAUUGUGAAGAUCUUGUUUGGUUAUUUGCAAUGAACAAUGUAAGAAAGGGGGUGUGUAUAAAGUUGAGAUUAGUGGGAAUGAUGACUCAACCCAUGUCCCAAUGGCAAUUCCCAUGGUUGAUACAGGACAGGAAAAUCCUAAAACAAUCGAUCAUCCCAUGGCAACAGAAGUGUCUACACUAACAAGUGAUCAUCAUGCUUUGAUGUGCUACAACCAUGAGCUUGU